AUGCGCGAGGGCAAGAACAGGCUCGCAGCAGAAGUGCUUGUCGCCCGAUCCAAACCGUAUCUCCCACCUGACCCUAAAUUUGAAGAUGUGCCAACUACAGAAGAAGGCCAAAGACGCAGAGAUUCAAAUUCCAGUCCUGCAUCAACCUCCGGUGUUACUCUGCCGCCAAGCUGUUCGGCCACACAGUAA